AGGCCCACGCGCACGGUGUUUGCGCAUCUCCACAAAUAGCAGCGGGAGCGCGAGACACGAUCCCAGUGACAACAAACGGGAGAAAGUUAGUCAGUCGAACUUCUGCGCAUAUUUUUUGCACUUUUUAGGUGUGUUUAAAUGGACCAUGGAGAGCCUCGGCGGGCGGAGAAGAGGCGCAGGAGACGCCGCGUCGCUCUGUGCGUCGUUGCCGUCCUGCUUCUCGUUAUUAUCGUCGCCGUGGUGCUCGGAGUGACGCUGCGUAAAGAAACAGAAACGAAUCAAUUCCAAUCUGUGUUCCUUAGCAGGUGUGAGACGUUUAAAGGAAACAACUGUCAAAAGAUAUGGGAAACAUUUCAACAAGCCUAUGUAAACCGGGACCCCUGUAAAGUUCCAAUGGAAGCCUACGACCCCCUCGUCACUGCAGCCCCCUUCAAACCUACAUGCAACAGAGUGAUGUUCUGGAGCAAAACUAAGGUUGUGGUCCACGAGUUUACUGAAAAGACAGACUGUUUUGUUACUCUGGAGGACACUCUGCUGGGAUAUGUCCUGGAUGGGCUGACCUGGUGUGGAAAGGAGGGCAGCAGCGAAACAUUCACCACCGACUGCCCAGUUUGGACAGACUGUGAGAACAACACGGUCAGCUCGUUUUGGAAAAGAGUCUCAGCUGCUUAUGCAGAUAUUGCCUGUGGUAACGUCUCAGCGAUGUUAAACGGAUCCAUCGCCGUACCAUUCAGCCCCACAAGUAUUUUUGGGAGCAUCGAGGUGAAGGGGCUUAACGCCACCAGGGUGAAUAGCCUGACUGUUGUUCUUGUCACGGAGGAGGAAAAUGUGACAAACUGUACAGACGCAUCUUUAAAGGUCCUACAGAAGGAGCUGCCUGCUGGAAUAAAUUAUGGCUGCGAGGAAGUGCCUGAAUCUCAGCUCCAGGAGUGCGGCUCUGAUCCACAGAGACCCUGUGGAUCCUGCUGGUGAAAAGUAUUUUUUCCAUUAAUUACUAAAUGUAAUUUAAAUGUUUUUGUAACCGUGGGCCAGUAGAAGAUCGUGAGAAAUGUGUCUUUGUACAUAAAUGUUUACAGAAUGACAAUGCACCUUUUCAUUUUGUCAGGUGUGACAUAUGGGAACUUUUUAUUCUAACAAUUGUGAUAAAUGUCUAGUAGUAACAUGUCAGUGCUGCUAUUCAUGUUCAUCUCACAGUCUCACUUGAACCUGCUGGCAGAAUGUGCUAUAUUUUUUAAAUAAAAUGUGAAUAUCUCUCUGUGA